AUGCUUGUUAGUGAUCCAUCAAAUCGUGUUAAAGUUGCUAUAUUCGAAAAUGCUUUUAUCUCCGUGCCUGAAGUCGCCAAGUAUUUCUUAACAUAUGCGAAAAGUGUUCUUGGUGUAACAAAAUCAAUUGGCUUUCUUUAUCUGUUCGAUUCAUUAGCUAAAGUAGGACGUAUCGAAUGCCCGUGUAUCUAUCUAACUGGCUUACUUGAUCCCCUUAUUCCAACAUGGAUGUCAAAUACUUUAUAUAAUGAAACACAUCUUUCAAGUAAACGGCAACUAUACGAAUUUCCGUUUGGUAAACAUAACGAUUUGCCAGUGAUGAGAGACUAUUUCGAGAAUAUACAAUCAUUUAUUAAUGAAUUAUUAUCGAUAAAGCCGGAAACUGAACAAGUGGUGCUAAAACAGUAA